AUGGACACAGACACAGGCAUGCAACAAAACCAACACAACAACCAACAGUUCAAAAUCCAGCACCACAACAACAACCAAAACCAACAGUUCAAAACCCUGCACAGCAACCAACAGUUCAAAAUCCAGCACAACAACCAAAACCAGCACAACCAGCACAGCAACCAACAGUUCAAAACCCUGCACAACAACAACCACAAACAGAGCAAGGACAUAAAAGAAGUAGAGAAAAAGGAAACCAAGAAUUCUUAA